AUGCCCGCAUCUCUGCUCUCCCGUGCUGCGCGUGCGUCCCCUCGUCCCACUCUCCCCCUCUCUUGCCCCCGCUCACCUCGACCUGUUGCUCCCUCCCUUGGUGCAGGCGCCACCCCGUCGCCGCUGCGCUCCUUCUCGACCUCGGCCGCCCGUAGCCGUGUCGUCGCCACCUCGCCCGUCAAGGCCAAGGAGGUGCCCACGACCAUCUCCGGCAAGUACCCGCUCAUCGAGCACGAGUACGACGCCAUCGUCGUUGGUGCCGGCGGUGCCGGUCUUCGCGCCGCGUUCGGCCUCGCCGAGUCGGGCCUCAAGACGGCGUGCAUCACCAAGCUCUUCCCGACGCGCUCCCACACGGUCGCCGCUCAGGGCGGCAUCAACGCCGCCCUCGGCAACAUGACCGAGGACGACUGGAGGUGGCACGCGUACGACACGGUCAAGGGCUCGGACUGGCUCGGCGACCAGGACGCGAUCCACUACAUGUGCCGCGAGGCCCCCAACUCGGUCCUCGAGCUCGAGCACUACGGUCUCCCGUUCUCGCGCACCAAGGAGGGCAAGAUCUACCAGCGCGCGUUCGGUGGCCAGUCGCUCAAGUACGGCAAGGGCGGCCAGGCGUACCGCUGCGCCGCCGCCGCCGACCGCACCGGCCACGCCAUGCUCCACACCCUGUACGGCCAGUCGCUCCGCCACAACACCGAGUACUUUAUCGAGUACUUCGCGACCGACCUCAUCAUGGAGGACGGCGAGUGCGUCGGCGUCAUGGCGUACAACCAGGAGGACGGCACCAUGCACCGCUUCCGGUCGCACCGCACCGUCCUCGCGACGGGCGGAUACGGCCGCGCCUACUUCUCGUGCACGUCGGCCCACACGUGCUCGGGCGACGGCGCCGGCAUGGUCUCGCGUGCGGGCCUCCCGCUCCAGGACCUCGAGUUUGUCCAGUUCCACCCGACGGGCAUCUACGGCGCCGGUUGCCUCAUCACCGAGGGCUCGCGCGGCGAGGGCGGCUACCUCCUCAACUCGGAGGGCGAGCGCUUCAUGGAGCGCUACGCGCCGACCGCCAAGGACCUCGCCUCGCGCGACGUCGUCUCGCGCUCGAUGACGGUCGAGAUCCGCGAGGGCCGCGGUGUCGGCCCGGACAAGGACCACAUCUACCUCCAGCUGUCGCACCUCCCGCCCGACGUCCUCCACGAGCGCCUGCCCGGCAUCUCGGAGACGGCCGCCAUCUUUGCCGGCGUCGACGUCACCAAGGAGCCCAUCCCCGUCCUCCCGACCGUCCACUACAACAUGGGCGGCAUCCCGACCAAGUUCACCGGCGAGGUCCUCACCGUCGACGAGAACGGCAAGGACAAGGUCGUCCCGGGCCUGUACGCCGCCGGCGAGGCCGCCUGCGUCUCGGUCCACGGCGCCAAUCGCCUCGGCGCCAACUCGCUCCUCGACAUUGUCGUCUUUGGCCGCGCGUGCGCCAAGCACAUCGCGAGCGAGCUCACGCCGGGCAAGCCGCACAAGGCCAUCUCGGACAAGGCCGGCCUCGAGUCGAUCGAGGCGCUCGACCAGAUCCGCACCUCGUCGGGCUCGAAGCACACGUCCGACAUCCGCCUCGACAUGCAGAAGGCCAUGCAGCGCGACGCCGCCGUCUUCCGCACCCAGGAGUCGCUCGAGAACGGCGUCAAGGAGAUGGAGCGCGUUCGCGGCACGUGGAAGGACCUCGGCAUCAAGGACCGCUCGAUGAUCUGGAACUCGGACCUCGUCGAGGCGCUCGAGCUUCGCAACCUCCUCACGUGCGCCGACCAGACGAUCGUGUCGGCCGAGGCGCGCAAGGAGUCGCGUGGCGCCCACGCCCGCGAGGACUUUACCGAGCGCGACGACGAGAAGUGGAUGAAGCACACGCUGUCGUUCCAGAAGGACGUCACCGACUCGAGCCGCCUCUCGUACCGCGACGUCAUGUCGACGACGCUCGACGAGAACGAGAUGAAGGCCAUCCCGCCGUUCAAGCGGACGUGUGCGUCCCACCCCUCUCUCUCUCUCUCGCCUUCCUUCUCUCGGCGUGUCACUGACUCGUCGUGUGCCCUGCAGACUAAACUCGUCGUGCUCGAACACGGACCUGAACGGAGGAGAGACGGCGCUCGCAGUUUUACCCCUUUCUCCCACCCGCACCCUCUCACGCCUGUCUCUCUUUGCCCGUCCCUACCUUUCGUGCCCUUCUGUAACACAUCGACCUAGCAUCCAGUCCU